CUCUCUCUCUCUCUCUCUCUACCUUCUCUCUCUCUCUCUCUCUCUCUCUCUAACACACGCAGACAAGUACGCAAACACUUCGGCCCGCCUGAAAAUUCCACCUUCUCCCGGGAAGAUGCCUCGAACACUAUCCUUAAACCUCUCAUCUUUCUCCCCGUCUCGCUCUACCCCACUUCAUCAACGGCCUGCAACCAUUUCUCUCACCUCAAUUCAUGCUUCUCCACCCAAAAUUUUUAAAAACCCAUUUCUCAAAUCUUCAUGUAAUCCUCCAAAAUUCUCUCUUUCUGUCGCUGAGAUGAUCCCAAGUCAAUUGCAGAGUAAACCUUCUCCAGCUGAGGUUUCAAGAACAAUAAUGGAGCUCAGCUCUCAAGGAACGCUUUCUAUAUUGACCCAAGAUGGUUGUCCUUUGGGAAUUGGUGUUAGGUUUGUUGUUGAUUCUCAAGGGAUUCCUGUGUUGUGCUUGAACCCCUUGAAUCAGCUUGCUUCUUUUGUAUCCUCUGAUAAAAGGUCCAGCCUCCAUGUACAGUUAGGGCAGAGUGGGUCAAGGACACCACAAUGUACUUUGCAGGGUCUGCUUCUUAGACCACAAGAUGAAUUUCAUACUAAGAAACUUCAAACAUUAUGGAAAAAGAAGUUUGGGGAAGAGGUGGAUGAAGGCGUUAUUCAUAUAGUUUCGGUUGAUCAGGUGCUUCAUUUAGAGGAUUUCAAAGAGGAUUGCUUGUGGGUGACAGGGCCAGAUUAUAGGAAUGCAGUGCCAGAUCCCCUUCGUGACUGUGCCGGGAAUAUUGUAAAUGAGAUGAAUGAUAAGCUUAUGGAGGAUGUCCUUCGCUUUUGUGACAUCUUUGUAGAUUUGGAUUUUCAGGUGAAAAAUGCGAGGAUGGUAUGGAUUGAUCGGUUAGGGUUUGAUGUACGCAUUCUAACUCCUCAAAUGGAUGUAUUGGAGGUCCGCAUACCUUUCCCUAGAGAGGUAACAGAUGAGAAAGGUGCUAAAUCUUCAUUAACUUGCAUGUCACAACUUGCAUGGGAAGUGGAGAAAAAUUAUAGUGGCCCUGAAUUUGAGAAGGUGAAGUGCUUCAAGAAGUUGAGGUAAAUUUGACAAUUGACUUGGAUAACACUGAUAAGCAUCACAUUUUUGGAGGUGUGGUGUCUUGUGAAUUUAUUGACCUUGGGGCCUGCGAGACCCAUUGUUUUGGUCCUUGAGGAUGUUUUAUUUCUUUUCGACUAUUGUACUGCUAAAGAGUAGAUGAACUGGUUCAGUAUCGAGAACUUUGUUUUAUGGAGAUUGAAGCCUUGCGGCUUCUGAGUUGCAUGCUGUACAGUUCAAUAAAUGCUCACACUCUUUCUCUCUC